CAAAACGCCAACUCCCUUCCGUAGGAACCAGGCAUCAAUCGGGAGAGCAACGCAAACGAACUAAACAAACGAGUCGCGUGGUUUCAAAUUCAACCAAAAAGGGAAGGACAACAAUAACACCAUUUCUGCGACACACCUUCUCCGAAGCAGAGAGAGCAGUCGAAACGAAAGCUGCUGCCGGACACAAUCGACGCAAUCGAGGGAGAGCUAGUCCAUUCGUAGUCAUAGUGUAUCAGCAUCCGUGCUUUGUUUUAAAACUGGUUUCAAACGAAAUCGUCGCUGCUAAUAACCAGUGCUGAUUUGCAACCCGCUGAGUGGAAUCCAAGCAAUAAAGUUGCAUACACGCAGAAGACAGUUCGGUAUCCAGAGCAUCACAUCGCAUCAAACACACGCUAACAAAGCACAAAAGAGCGUAUCACAGUGUAGCCGAUUCGUACAAAACGACAUCGCAAACACACCUACAUAUAGUUCAUACAUCAAACAUACCGCAUUCGCCAUGACCAGCGCGGAAACUUCUACGGCCAUGUCGGUCACGGAAGACGAUGGCUACGGCAACAGCAGCAGCAACUGCAACUGCACCAGCAGCGGUUCGAAACGGCUGGCAACAGAGGAGGCCACCCCCAUUGCCAAGACACCCCCGGGUAGGAUCGAUGUUUCGGUUCUGGACCAUGCCGUCCACUCCUCCCCACCCCCCUCCAGGCACAAUCUCGAAAAGACGAACCAUUUUGGUGUCACGGGCACCCCUAUGUCGACCUGUUCUACCGCAACCAAUACGACGGCUACCACCCUCACGAGCAGCACCUUCGCGACGGAACGCGCCGAAUCGAAGGCCCCCUACCCGAAUUUUGCGAGGCGAUCGUCCUCGCUGGCGUCCUCCUCCUCCUCGUGCUCGCGGCAAUCGUCUUCGAUCCACGGGAUUCCCCUUCCGUCGCCAUCUCGGUCGCGGUUGGAUCGGCAAUACGCCAAGCGACUGGCGGCCUCGUCCGUGGUGUUUCGGCACGGCUCCACGGCCAGGUCACCGGUCUCGGUAUCCCAGGAUGGUAGCGGUAUAACGCGAAGCCUAGACUGCGAUUCGAGCAUGAUAUUCCGCCCGAAGUCGAUCCUUUCCAAGAUCGAUGCCGGCAGCAACAGCAGCACUGGACGAUCACCUAGGCGAUUCUUGUUUCCUCCGUCUCCGACAAAAGAAAGUCCAUCCAGCAAUAUCGGAAAAAGUCACAGCAACACGACCUUUUUGAGGAGUAGCAACAGCAAUGCAAGCGUCUCCCAAUACAGUACCACGAGCAGCACGGGCACCAGCCAUAGCAACAGCAGCAGUACCUCCCUUUCCUCGUCGAGGCGGCGGAGAAAUUCAAACCUUUCUGCGUCGAUGGACUUAGGGAUAUCCGAUCGGUUCGUUCCCUCCCGGGCAACCUCCAAUCUGCAAAACGUCAACUUGUGGGGUUCCAUGAACUCGAGUGCUUCGCAGACCGGUGCCUCCUCCUCCCCGUCCUCACCGUCGAGGAGGUCCCAAGCCGAUGCCGAUACCCGCGGCGACGGCGGGUCGAACACAAUCAACACGGGAACCGACGAAACAAGCAACACGGCCGGAAGCGUCAACCCGGCCACGGGAAGGGUCAACGAGACGUCCUCCAUUACCACCCAGCAAAACCUCCACAAUGUGCUGCUGCGGUCCGAGCUUCUAGGAGAAAAUAUCAGUCCGUACUCGUACGCUGCCGCCGCUGCCGGGUCUUCCUACGGUUCGCGACCCAGCGGCAGCAGUGUUCCCCUCCGCGACGGAAUGAACCGGCUCCGCUUCCAUAGUCCCCGCCAGGCCUACCGCGAUACGAUUUACGAUGGCACCAUGGGACCGACCUCCGUUGUCAACUCGUUCAGCUUGACUCCUUUUGGGAAUUCAUCGAGCCAGCAGCUCAUGGCGGCACCGCAGAAGCACCGAAGGAAAAUCGCAAAGGUCCCCUUCAAGGUCCUCGACGCACCGGCCCUCCAGGACGACUUCUACCUCAACCUCGUCGACUGGUCUUCCCAGAACGUCCUGGCCGUCGGUCUGGGCCAUUGCGUCUACCUCUGGAGUGCCUGUACCUCGAAGGUCACAAAGCUCUGCGACCUAACGUUCGCCGAGGACGUGGUGACCUCCGUCUCUUGGGCGCAGCGGGGGACCCACCUGGCGGUCGGCACCAAUAAGGGGGAGGUCCAGCUGUGGGACACGAUUAAGGAGAAGAAGGUCCGGACUAUGAAGGGCCACACGGCGCGCGUUGGUACCUUGGCGUGGUCUGGGCCCACCCUCGCCAGCGGAAGCAGGGACCGGCUGAUCUUUCUGAGGGACGUGCGCGACAAAUCUGACUUUACCCGACGGCUCAACGCUCACCGCCAGGAAGUCUGCGGCCUGAAGUGGUCCUAUGACGAGCCGGCCUUUCUGGCGUCCGGGGGCAACGACAAUCAGCUGCACGUCGUCGACAGCCGGAAUCCCUCCGCACCCGUGCACCGCUUUACGGAUCACACGGCCGCGGUCAAGGCCAUUGCCUGGUCCCCCCACCAGCACGGGCUCCUGGCAAGCGGGGGUGGAACCGCCGACCGUUGCAUCCGGUUCUGGAACACGCUAAGUGGAUCGGCACUCAAUUGCGUGGACACGGGUAGCCAGGUGUGCAACCUGGCCUGGUCACAGAACUGCAACGAGAUUGUCAGCACCCACGGGUAUUCCCUGAACCAGAUUGUGGUGUGGCGAUAUCCCAGCCUGAGCAAGGUGGUGACCCUGACCGGGCAUACUUACCGGGUCUUGUACCUGGCCAUGUCGCCUGACGGAUCCACGAUUGUUACGGGGGCCGGAGACGAAACCCUCCGGUUCUGGCAGGUCUUUCCAGGGCCGCGCUCGGAUGCGAAGAAUAAUGCGGGCGGGCUCUUGUUUCCGAAUACGCUGGGCUCCGUUAUUCGAUAGCAUGGCGGUGCAUCGGGAACCAACAACAAUCUCGCUCUGUGCUGCAAUGCGUUGGAAGUAUAGAAGACUUCUCACACUUGCAAACAACGGUAAUCGAAAGGACUCCGGAUAUGCGAACAAUAUACUUUAAAAAUCACGAUACCACUAGAGUAGAAUUUUUACCUUGCCUAUUUUUCGUGCGGACUUGUUAUUGCAAUGAAUGAAGUAGUUGUCGAUUAUCAUUUCUUUAUUCUCUACAUCUAAUUCUCAUGAACUGAAGUUGUAAUACCACCCAUGCAGGUAGGCCCUUUCUGUACGAAGUUGUUGUCGGUCUCAAAAACUUCUUACAGUAGAUAAAAAUAAUCAUGUCCUUUCCUACCACAACGUAAUCAAGUACGAAGUACAGUAAUUGAAAUGAGAAGAACAAGAACCGAGCCUAAAAAAUACAAAAUACAGUU